GGUUAGAGGAUUAUCUGUGGUUCAAAGAAAUAUAACCACAAAAGUCUAAGAAUGUUCACGUUGUAGUUGGUGUCGUUAUUAGUUUUCAAAAAUGGUGUCAAAAAAAGUGAAAAAGUAUUCCAAAGGAGAAGGAGCGAAAUACAUAAGCAGAAGAGCAGCUCUUCGUAAAUUACAAGUGUCUCUAAGAGAAUUCCGAAGAUUAUGUAUAUUGAAAGGUAUUUAUCCUAGGGAACCCAGAAAUCGUAAGAAGGCACAGAAAGGUGACACUGGCAUAAAGACUUUGUAUAGUUUGAAAGAUGUACAAUUUUUACUGCACGAACCGAUAGUAUGGAAACUGAGAGAUAUCAAAUCUAACAGUAAAAAAAUCGCUAAAGCCAGAGCUGUGAAAGAUUUUGAGAAAAUCCACAGGUUCAACAAUAACUAUCCUGUAUUGAAGUUGGAUCAUAUUGUAAAAGAAAGAUAUCCAACAUUUGUUGAUGCUCUCCGAGACUUGGACGAUUGUUUGACUCUAUGUUUCUUAUUCAGUACAUUCCCUUCAAUGCCACAUAUACCAAGAGAUCAGUCACAGUUAUGUCAAAGAUUAACAACAGAAUUUAUGCAUUUUGUUAUAGAAGCUAAAGCAUUAAGAAAAGUGUUUGUUUCUAUAAAAGGAUAUUAUUUCCAAGCUGACAUAAAAGGACAGACUGUAACAUGGAUAGUUCCACAUCAUUUCUCCUUCGAACCUCAAAAUAAGUCCGAAGUAGAUUUCAAGUUGAUGUCCAUAUUUGUUGAAUUUUACACAGUUAUGUUAGGUUUUGUCAAUUUUCGGUUAUUCCAUACAUUAAACUUACAUUAUCCACCAAGUUUUGCCUCUGUUACCCCAAAUAAUGUUGAAAAACAGUUGGUAGAUGAAGAUGUUUUUGUUGCUGAAAGAGUUUCGGCUUUGAAUUGUACCAUUGCUAGGGUUUCCAGUGAUGUUGCUGAAGAAGAUGUUGAAAUGGACGAUUUCACAAAUGAAGACGAUCCAGAAAAGGUAACGGAGAUGAAAAAAGAAGCAGAAAGUUUGAAAAAUUUGAAGACAUUGUUCAAAGGUUUGAAAAUAUUCUUAAACAGAGAGGUUCCUAGGGAACCAUUGGUGUUUAUGAUAAGGUGUUUUGGAGGUGAGGUGUCUUGGGACAAACUGCUUUUUGUUGGUGCCACCUUCGAUGAAAAUGACGAAUCUAUCACUCAUCAAAUUGUUGAUAGGCCUUCUAUGGAUAAACAGUUUAUCUCGAGAUAUUACAUACAGCCCCAAUGGAUCUUCGAUAGUAUAAAUCAUCGGGAAUUACAGCCUGUCAACAAAUAUUUUAUGGGUCAAGCAUUACCCCCACAUCUAUCGCCAUUCAAGAACGACGGUUAUAAUGAUGUUUACAUGCCGCCAGAAGAAAAAGCUCUGUAUGAUUCUACGCUUUUGGAGAAAUUGCAUAAUAAGGACAAAGACGAUGCUGAGAGCAGUUCUGAGGAAGAAGAAGAGGAGAACAAAGAUGAAUCUGUUGUUGAAAAACCUGAAUCAGAAAACGAAGAAAAAGAGGAGGAAAAUCCUACUAAGAAGAAGAAAAUAUCUGUAACUCGUAGUCAACUUGAAACUGAAGAAGAUGCAUUUAUGAAGAAGAAGGAAGAAAGACAGGAGUACCGCUUACGUGAGAAAAUGGUCAAAAAUAAACAUAAGAGAAUGUAUAAGAGUAUGAUGGAAGGAAAGAGCAAAAGGUUGAAGGAAAUCUGGUUGUUGAGGAAGAAGAGGCGUCUUCAUGAUGAAGCUGCUGCCAAUGAGAAAAAAGUUGCAAAAAAAAGUAAAAAAAAUGUUUCUAACUAAUGUGAAAUUCUAUAAUAAUUUAUGUGACAUAAUAUCUUGUUUUUCAAUGAUAAAUCCCAUAAUAAAAUAUUUAAACCAA